UUGGACAAGCCGCGUCAUGUGACCAUCCUCCAACUGGAGUUUCCACGACAGCUGGGAGCCGUGCGAUACCUCCUCGCGUAUUGCUUUCUUAAAGAAUACGUAGGGACUGUCCUUAUUUCAACAUCCGCAAACAAACUUUUGGCGGCAUGGGAGACAAGAAGAGUCCAACCAGGCCGAAGCGUCAACCAAAGCCUUCGGCGGAAGAGGGAAAUUGGGACUGUAGCGUUUGCACAUACAAGAACACCGCGGAGGCUUUCAAGUGCAUGAUGUGCGAUGUAAGGAAAGGGACGUCAACACGGAAGCCUCGUCCUGUCUCCCAGCUGGUUGCUCAGCGGGUAGCGCCGCAGUUCGCCUCGCCCACGCUGCUGCCCAAGAAGGACAAGAAGGACAGAACGGACCAGGAGAAGAAUGACAAAGAGCCCACAGUGAAGAAGAACAGCCACAAGAAGAUGAGGCCCAGGUUAAAAAAUAUUGACAGGAGCAGCGCUCAGCACCUAGAGGUCACGGUUGGAGACCUGACUGUCAUCAUCACAGACUUUAAGGAGAAAACCAAACCUCCCCCUCCUCCACCAGCACCACCACACCCCCUCCUCUACCACCCCCUCCAGCACUAUCUUGACCUGGAUCCCCAACUCCUAGACCUUGACCUGGAUCCCCAACCCCUAGACCUUGACCUGGAUCCCCAACCCCUGGACCUUGGCCUGGACACCCGACUCCUGGACCUUGCCCUGGAUCCCCGACCCCUAGACCUUGGCCUGGAUCCCCGACCCCUAGACCUUGGCCUGGAUCCCCGACCCCUAGACCUUGGCCUGGAUCCCCUAGACCUUGGCCUGGACCCCUGA